AUGCAAAGAAGUGGUCUUGCAGUGUUUCUAUCAAAGAAUGUGAAUACAAUGAUGAAGAAUAGAAAAUUAUCAUCAUUAUUCAAGAAUACCAACAUGAUGCUGAUGAAUUUACCUCAUCAUCAUCAUUAUCGGAAUGGAUUAAUGAAUAAUCAUAAUAAUAAUUAUCGAUAUUUUCAUAAUGAAUUAUUCGGAAGGAGAAAUAAUGCAAAUAAUACAACAUCAUCAUCACUACCAAUCAAUGACACAGAGGAAGAACAAGAACAGGAAGAUCCACAAGUUAGUCAGAAUGUUGAUGAAUACAAUUCACGAUUAUUGACAUUCCUAUUAAUUGGAACACCAUUGGCUUAUUUAGCUUUAUUAGAAUUAACGAAAUGGUUUGAAGAAGUUUACACUGAUUCCUCCUUAAUGGCAAACAAAUUGAGUGUUAAUGAUUUGGAAAGGAUUUUCGAUCAAUUCACACUCAAGAAUGGAGCUGAAUUGUGUAAAGCAUAUAAUAUAAAUAUGCUGGAUUGGAUCCAAGAGAAUGAAUGGAAUUGGUUUGAAAAGGACUUUCAAAAGAAGAAGGCUACAUAUGCACUCUAUGCCAUGCAUGCUGCUGGAUUUGUGGGAUGUUUCUUGUUGAAGAGAUUUAAUCCUGGCAUGUUUAAAAGAUUCUAUGAUAGACAUGUGGCGAUUAGUUUGAAUAAUAUGUAUGAAAGAAGAUUUCACACACUUAUUUUAGGUCAAUUCGCUCAUACGAAUGUGCUUUCUCUCCUUAUUCCAUUAAUUUGCCUUAACAACUUUAGUGAUAUCAUGGAGAAUAACUUUUCACAAGCUUCAUUACUUGCCCUAUAUUUUGUACUUCCAGCAUUGGCCUGUAUGGCCCACUCGUCACUUGGUGCUUUAAUGUUGAGAUAUCUUGUCAGUCCUAGCAAUAGAGUUUUACAAUAUCGCAUUGCCAAAAUGGGUCAGUUCAAUAUUAUUCAAGCUUCAUUCUAUUCCAUAUUUUUUGCUCCAAUUGCUUUAACACUUCCUGAUUUUUUGAUGACACAUGCUGGAAUAACAAAUUUGGAAUUGAGUUAUAUAUUAUUUGGAUUACAAUUUUUAUAUUCAAUUAUUUCUAAAGGUUCUCCAUUUAUGGUUGCAGAAUUGUUUGCUUUUUAUGGAUCAUAUUUUGCUUUAAACCAUUUGAUUGAAAGAGAAGGAUUUCAAAGAUCAAGAAUUGUAGAGUUGGAGAAGGGAUUUCGUUAUUAUUUGGGAGAGAGGGUAAAUAUCAAGAAUAAUGGAAUGGCUAUCUUUAUUCCAGAUAAUAGAGAAACACUUGAAUUGGCAUAUUAUAAGAAUGAUAAGAAGGAAAAAGUGAUCAAAACAAAGACACUUCUCGGAAAGGAUUAUACUGAAUAA